AUGUCCGGCCUCGACGCACCCGAAGUUGCCGCAGCCUACGACGCCGUGCGCGACGACAAGGAUAGCACAAACUGGCUGCUAAUCUCGUACGCCUCCGCCGUCGGCAACAAGCUGUCGCUCACCAAGACGGGCACGGGCGGUCUAGCAGAGCUUGUCAACGAACUCGACGAUGGACAAGUCCAGUACGGUUACGUGCGCGUCGAGUACGCCAACGAUAAGGAGAGCACGCGAGUCAAGUUUAUACUGGUUGUCUGGAUUGGAGAGAAUACAAAGGUUAUGCGCAAGGCGCGCGUGAGCAUUGAGAGCGGCGAUGUUAAGAGGCAGCUUUCGCAUCAUAGUAUUGCUGUUACGACGGGGGAUAAGUCUGAGUUGGAGGAGAAGGAUAUUGUUGUUAGGUUGAGAAAGGCUGGUGGUGCUGAUUACAAUGGAGGACGGGGUUAA